AUGGCCGGCGAUAAUCCGGAGAUUCCUCAAGCUGGCCUGGAGAUCCUGAGAUUGCUGUACGCUGUCAGCAAGCCAGCUGCUGUUGCUGUCAUCCACUCUAGAGGGCACCAGAUUGGAGAUCUGGAUGCCACAAGAGCGAAUCGCAGAGUCGAUGCAGCUGCCAAGGCAGCAGCCAACAGGGAGCCCACCUUCCACAGGGCACUAAUCCCAGACACCUCUGUCCCAGCUCUGCCUCUGUACAGUGCCCAGGACAUUGAGUUUGCCAAGAAAGAGGGCCUGACAGAGGAGGGGGGCUGGUGGAAGGACAGCCAUGGACAUUUGCUGCUCACUGAUUCCUUGAUGCGGCGAGUUGCCAAUUGGUUCCACAAGAGCACCCAUUGGGAUCAUGAUGCCAUGAUAGAACACCUAAGGACCCUUUUCAUUAGGCCUCGACCUCCUUACUGUUCAUUAUGUACCUCCCAUCAACGUGGUGGCGUCUGUCCCUUUAAAUCGCCGCGCUGCACCCUUGGCCUCGUAGUUCGGCGACGGUUAGCUCCCCUUGCUGAUGAUGCCCGGGCCCCGCCCUCGGACUACGACUCCCAGAGUUCCAUUGGGCGCCAUGAUGUAAGAACUAAAUACAUUGUGUUUUCCAUUAAGGACAUCAAGAUGACUGCGUUGGACGAACUCUAUUUGACGGAGAAAGACGUCGUGACGGGGAAAACGAAGACUUUGCCCGCCUUGCACCCUGGGAGGAGGAGUGAGCGCGCCUUCCUGCGGUACCGCCCUCCACCCCAAGUGCCAUGGCCUAGUGCUGAGUGGGAAGAGUUCCAGAGCAGGACCGCUUCCCUGGCCGAGGGAUUCGAUUGGCUCCUCGCCCUGCCCCACCACCGCUUCUGGUGCCAGGUGAUUUUUGACGAGAGUCUGCAAAAGUGCCUGGAUGCCUACCUGAGCUCUGCCCCCCGAAAGUUCGACGCCACGGCAAUGGAUGAUGGGGCCAGGGAUUUGACCCCGGAAAUGGACAAAGUGCAGGGGCGGCUCCACCGCGGGGUCUUCAUGACCUUCCUCCGGAUGUCCACCCACAAGGAGUCCAAAGAGCACUUCCUGUCUCCCUCUGCCUUCGGGGAGAUAAUCUACAAUCACUUCCUGUUCGACAUCCCCAAGAUCAUGGACCUCUGCGUUCUUUUCGGGAAAGGAAAUGGGCCCCUCCUGCACAAGAUGAUACAGAACGUCUUUGCACAGCAGCCCAGUUACUUCGUUGACUUGGAUGAAUCCCUUACCACCAUCCUCCAGGUCUUUGGCAGCAUCUUGGAGACAUGUGGCUUGGCAAGCGAAGGGCCCCAGAAGCUGGGAGAACGGCCCCGGACAACCCCACGCGACAUGCCCCUUCUGGACCUGGCAGAUAUCAUCCUGUACUUGUGCGACAUCUGUGUGACACUCUGGGCUUUCCUGGAGGUUUUCCCAUUGGCUGCCCAGACCUUCCACAAGCACGACUUCUGUGCCAGGUUGGCCUCCUUUUAUGAGCUGCUGGUGCCUGAGCUGGAGACUGCCAUCAAGAGGAGGUAUCGGGAAGACCCCAGGUUGGCGUCGGAUUUGUGGCGGAGGCUGUCUCACUCGAAGAAGAAAAUGGCGGAGCUCUUCCAUCUCUUGGUGCAGCAUCUCUGCCUACAGCCCAUCCUCGAAAGCAGCAGUGAGAAUAUCCAGCCUUUUGUCGAGGAGUUCCUCCAGAUCUUUGCCUCCAUCCUUCAAGAAAGAAGAUUCCUCCGCGAAUAUGAUGCGCUUUUCCCAGUUGCAGAUGAUGUCAGUCUCCUCCAACAGGCUUCCCCCCAUUUGGACGAAACACGCACCUCUUACCUGCUGCAGGCGGUCAAAGGCGCUUGGGAGGAAGAAGAGGAAGGAGGAAGAGGAAGUCGAGGCAGGAGGGGCCCUCAAAAAACGCCCCUCCCAAAAGGGGGCGACAUCAAAACCACCAAUGUGGGGGCCCCGAAGGCAGCCUUGGAGGCAAUGCAGAAGGAAGACGAAGUCUUAGGAGCACAUGCUCCCAGGGUCACAGGAGCGGAGCUGACCUCACUGAUCUCGCAGGUCAAGGACCUCCUCCCGGAUUUGGCGGAUGAUUAUGUGGUUUCCUGUUUGCGGGAAUAUGACUACAAUGUGGAAAAGGUCAUCCAUCACCUUUUAGAAGGGAAGCUGGACAGGCUCACAACCCCCGAACCAACCCCCCUGCUGAGGUCACGACACAACAUCUUCCAGGAUGACGCCUUCGACGUUUUCUCCACUGACCGGGUGGACGUCUCCCGCAUCCAGAAGGGCAAGCGGUCAGAGAGGACGAGCACCCGCCAGCUUCUAGGAGACAAGAACUUCCUGGAGGCACAGAGGGACCGCUACAGCCUUUACUCGGUCGUGGCAGAGGAAGUCCCGCCCUGGCAGGAAGUUUCACCCUCCUAUGAGGACGAGUACGAUGACACCUACGAUGGGAACCAGGUGGGCGCCAACGACGCCGACGACCCUCACGACGAGCUCCUCAACCGCAGGCCGUUCACAAUCCCCCAGGUUCUGAGGUCCAAGCAGCAUAAAGGACAGGGAAUGGAACCGGAAGAGGAAGAGGAAGGGGAGGAAGACGAGGAGGAAGAGGAACAGGAGGGGCCCAAAGACCACUUUGUGCAGGAUCCGGCUGUUUUAAGGGAGCGAGCCGAGGCCCGACGCAUGGCCUUCCUGGCCAGGAAAGGGCCACGUAUGGACCCUUCGUCGGCCAGUGGGAAAGGCCCAAGCAAGGAGGCGGCACCAGAGCGACGGAGGAAGGAGGCAGCCAAAGCGACCCGCGCCAAUCACAACCGGCGCGUAAUGGCCGACCGCAAGAGGAACAAAGGCAUGAUCCCCCAAUAAAGAAGCCCUCCUUGCACUGCAAUCAGCCACUGCGUGGUAUUAUUUAGGAUGCAGAAUAAGACGUUAUAAUACAGUGGUUCUCAACCUUCCUAAUGCCGUGACCCCUUAAUACAGUCCCUCAUGUUGUGGUGACCCCCAACCAUAAUAUUGUUUUCGUUGCUACUUCAUAACAGUCAUUUUACUACUGUUAUAAAUCAUAAUGUAAAUAUCUGAUAUGCAAGAUGUAUUUUCAUUCACUGCACCAAACUGGGCACAAAUACCCAAUACACCCAAAUGUGAAUGCUAGUGGGGU